UUGAGCCGAUACGAUUUUUGCAACACGGAUGCGUCUUGAGUGUCAAGAUGUCAACGGUGUGAUUUGCCUCGUAUUUAAGACUGAAUCUUAAACAGAGACGCAUGCGGGGUACUUUGUCAAGCCGGCUAGACCUGUUUUCUUUUGAAAGACUUGCAUGAGUCACGGGUAGUCGCAAUGCCUAUCGUGGUGUUGGGUGUCACUAUUAUGUUGUACUACGCCCCAACUAUAGAAUGUCAUACAAAACGUAGCUUGCUAAGCCGUUUUUAAUUUUGCUGUUUAUCUGUAGAUCUGCUGGAGGAAAUAACCUGUAGUGUUGUUUAUAUAUUAGCGACCAUGAGAGUAAUUUCAGUAGCCUACAAUGAAGUGUAGGCCGUACAAGAAUUAGAAAACCGUUUAGAAGUACGCAUGCUUUUAUAUUUUCGUGUACUCGUGUAUCCAGUUCACUACACCUUUCAUUGGCAUUUUGAUCAGUAAUAAUGCAAACAGAGGGGUUCAUGUAUCAUCUGGCUGACUGCACUGAAGACGGGUGACGGCAAAUCCCAGAUCUUCGCCGCUCUUUUCGUGUAUCAGAUAAAUGGACACGAUGCUGCUGGCGUCCGCCGUGGUGGUGUGGGAAUGGCUGAACGAGCACGGGCGCUGGCGGCCCUAUAGCCCGGCCGUGUCGCACCACAUCGAGGCGGUGAUUCGCAGCGACCCGCGGGGCGGCAGCGUCGUGCUAGGCCAAGUCGACACCCGCCUCUCGCCUUACAUCAUAGACCUUCAUUCCAUGCAUCAGUUCAGGCAAGACACGGGUACGCUCCGGCCGGUGCGGCGCAGCUUCUAUGACCCGACGUCGGCGCCGGGGCAGGGCUGGGUGUGGGAGUGGGAGAACGACGCGGGCUCCUGGACCGCGUACGACACGGAGGUGGGCAUCGCCAUCCAGGCGGCGCGGGACCGGCAGCAGCCCUGGCUGGACCUGGCGCCGCUCGGCUUCUGCUACCUCAUCGACUUCCAGAGCAUGACACAGAUCAACCGGCAGACGCAGCGGCGGCGGCGCAUCCAGCGGCGCUCGGACCUGGCCUACCCGCUGGUGUCGGGCCCGCUGCCCAAAUCGCAGGCCUGGGGCGCGGGGGCGGCGGGGGGCUCGGCGGGGGGGCUGCUGGGGGUGGGCGUGUCGGGGGCGAGCUCGGGCGGGAACGGCGGGACGGGCGGGGCGGUGUACCCCGGCGGGACGCUGUCCAUGUCCUCCCUCGCCCCGCUGGGUCAGCCCUGCGCCUGCCAGCAAUGCGUGCUGGUUCUGAGCGUGAAGACAGGCGCUAUGGCGCACACGCUGGGCCGCAAGCCCCCGCCCGUCAAGCCCCCCAGCCCCAAAUCCGCCCUGGGGAGCCACGCGGCCUCCUCCGCCAACUCCUACUCCCACACCCUGCCGCACCCCCCGUCCCUGUCCCGCUCCCUGUCGCCCCACAAGGGCCCCCCCAGCUUCGCCCACUCGCUGUCCCUGCUGGGCCCGGCCUCCGCCACGCUGUCGCUGUCCUCCACCCGGCCCCCUCCCCCGCCGCUGCCCCCGCUGCCGCCCCCUCCCCCCCCGCCCCCCCACCAGCACCAGCAGCAGCAGCAGCAGGCUUCGUCCUCGACCACGCCCAGCUCCGGCUCCGCCUCCUGCACCACCUCGGCCCCGCUGGUGCCCACCGCCACCCUCAUCACGACGGCCACCUCCUCGUCCUCGUCGUCCUCGCCCGCCGCUCCCGCCGUCCCGGCCCCAAGGGCCUCGGCGGCAUCAUCGGCCGCCUGCGCUGCGCCCAUCCCGCCCCGCGCCAGCCUGGCCGGGCUGAGCCGCCCCGCCCUGCACCGCAUCGCCAUGGCUCAGUCGCGUGCGCUCAUCGCCUCCGGAGUUCCCACUGUACCAGUGAAGAACCUCAAUGGCUCCAGUCCUGUUCACCCUGCCCUGGCCGGUAUUACAGGUAUCCUGAUGAGCGCUGCGGGACUCCCCGUCUGUCUGACCCGGCCCCCUAAGCUGGUACUGCAUCCGCCCCCCGUCAGCAAGAGCGACAUCAAGCCCAUCCCUGGCCUGGGACACUGCUGCCGCAAGACCACCAAGAAGCAGGCGCGCAAAGGUAAAACUCCGGAGGAGGUGGUGAAGAAGUACCUGCAGAAGGUUCGGAACCCUCCUGAGGAGGACUGCACUAUCUGCAUGGAGCCCCUGGGGGGGCCGUCGGGGUACAAGGGCCCAGGGGUGGGCAGCGUGUCGCGGGGGGAGUCGGUGGGCCGCCUGGCCACCUGCGGACACCAGUACCACCUGCAGUGCCUGGUCGCCAUGUACAACAACGGCAACAAGGACGGCAGCCUGCAGUGCCCCACCUGCAAGACCAUCUACGGGGUGAAGACGGGCAACCAGCCCCCCGGCAAGAUGGAGUACCACGUCAUCCCCCACUCUCUGCCCGGCCACCCUGACUGCAGGACCAUCCGCAUCAUCUACAACAUCCCGCCCGGCAUCCAGGGCCCAGAGCAUCCCAACCCCGGGAAACCCUUCACAGCCAGAGGGUUUCCACGACACUGCUAUCUCCCAGACAGCGAGAAAGGACGCAAGGUGCUGCGGCUGCUGCUGGUGGCCUGGGACCGCAGGCUGGUCUUCUCAGUGGGCACCUCCAGCACCACAGGCGAGUCCGACACCGUCAUCUGGAACGAGGUGCACCACAAGACCGAGUUUGGCUCCAACCUGACGGGCCACGGCUACCCGGACCCGGGACACCUGGACAACGUGCUAGAGGAGCUGAGGGCCCAGGGGAUCACCGAGGAGGACAGCCUUCAGCGUGACUGAGGGGCCUGGGGGGGCCGGGGGGGGGUGAACUGAAGGGGGGUCCCAGCGGGCAGGGGAACGGACACUUCAGCUACUGAUUUGGGAGUCAGGAUAUGGACUCUACCACUGCUGAAGGGGGAAGUGGAUUCUACCACUGAGGUAGAGAAAAGGGGACCCCCCCCAAAAAAAAAACAGAAUAAAAGAGUGAAUUUGUGUGAGAGCACACAAAUUGGGGGGUUGGGGGGGGGGGGUAGGGCAGAGGGGGUUUAGAGCUGCUACUGUUGAAGGUGAGUUGACAAUAGUUUAAACUCAGCAUCAUCUCCAGCAAAAAUGCAAGAGACUCAAGAGACUUAACACUAAGGUACUUAGCCAGCAAAACUGCACUGAGAGACAUGGUAGUACUGCAGGUACUAAACACUACAAGGAAAACGAGUUUGAAUGGGUACUAGCAUUAACACUAUCAAUACAUUAACAAUGCACUGAGAGAGAGGAGGCAGAGGCAAGACAGAGAGAGAGGGAAGAGAGAAAGAGGAGAGA